AUGCCGCCUGUAGCAGGAGCAGGUGGGAUGUCAGGUCCUUCGACCUUUGACAAAGGCAAGAUACAUCGACUCGCGAUGGGUGCCAUGAUGGGAACCAGUGUCGGCCUGAUCAUUGGCUUCAUCUUCGGCGCGACAAACAUCAUCCGAUACGGACCAGGACCGAAUGGCAUGAUGAGGACGUUAGGACAAUACAUGCUUGGCUCUGCGGCAACGUUUGGCUUCUUCAUGUCGAUUGGUACCACGAUCCGCACAGAAAGCUCGCCGAUAAUGACAGAAGCCUUCCGUAAAGCGCAGAUGCGAAACGGUCGCCCGAUGAUCAUGCCA